AUGCAGCGCCAGGAUUUCUUUGACCACGAUGCUUUUCGCCCAGAGCAGGAGAAGGUGUUGAGGAGUGCCUUGAAUCGUCAGGACUCUGAGAUCUACUGGCCCACAGCUGCCGGCAAAUCCUUGAUCUACCAAUUAUUCGCCCUUCUCAGCUGGCAACGGAAGCGAGGAAUUGUCCUGGUGGUGGAGCCGACCAUUCCGGUCUUGCAGGACCAAGUCCAGAAAUUCAAUGCCAGGGCAGAGGAAUUUCAUCGCACACAUGGCGAUGAUGAAGAUGCACCAUUCCAAGCAUGUCUGUUGGGAUCUGCACAGAAAGAUGAGAAGAUCAUUGACCAGGCAGUGCGAGGGCAAUGCUGUUUAGUCUAUCUGUGCCCGGAAUCGUUGACACAGAAGUAUUUGGAGGCCUUCUUUCAUUUGCGUGAUCGUGAGCGUGUCUCGAUGUUCGCGGUGGAUGAAGCGUGUUAUAUUCUUCUCUGGGGUCAGAGCUUUCGCCCAGCUUUUCAAGAUUUGUCGUGGCUCAGGGAGGCGUACGACUCCGUGCCCAUCUUAGCCCUCUCGGGCACAGCGCCUCCAAAGCGUCAGAAAUUCAUUCGUCACUCCUUGAAGCUGCAGAAUCCGCUUCGAAGUACAAGGCCGCUGGACUGGGAUUUGAAGUUGCCACAGGGAAGGGCUAAGGGAUCUAGUCGCAUGAAGCUUGUCGUCACAGGGAAAGCAGCUUUGGCCAAUGUUUCGGCCAAACUUGCAGCUGCAGAUGCACCGCUGCGAGACAGGUUUCUUUGCAGCAGUUGCUUGGCGUUUGCCAAGGAGGAACGCAAGUUGCAGAAGGUUUUGGAAUUGCUGGAGCAUGGUGCAUAUCCCGCAGUGGUGUACGUGCCCACUAAACCAGAUGCAAGAAGGGUGCGGCGACGUCUCACUGAGUCUCUUGAAGAACGUAGACUCACUCUGACCAUUGGCUACAUGGAUGGUGAAACGCCACCUGCAUCAAGAGCAUCAAUUAAUUUGGACUUUCAAUCGAAGGAGAUCGAUUUGAUGGUGGCCACUGAUGCGUAUGGACAGGGCAUUGAUAAGGCCGACAUCCGCUUGAUCGUCCACUGGGAGCCCCCGGUGAAUUUCGAGAUGUAUGUAAAUCACAUUGGUCGCGCCGGCCGCGACGGCUUCACUUCUCGAUGCGUCUUGCUCUACAGUAACAGUUGCUGGGCCCAGCUCUUCGAAAGCGGCAGAUGCUUUACGAGAGAGCUGGAGGAGAUGGACGAAGAGGAUCGCCAGGUAGAGUUUGCCUCACGUUCGACCCUGAAAGACAUGGUCACUUCGAAGAAAAGUUGCCGCUGGCGCCGGCUCCUUCGAUACUACGAGUGUGAAGACGAGCUGCCCUUGGAAGGCUGCGGUUCAUGUGACAUUUGUCUGGGUCAAUAUGAUCGUGGUUCGGGAGAAGGCGAAGAUUUCAGCGUCGGUGCACGCUUGUUGUUGUCGUCCGUGCGGCUGAAAGAGCUCAGCAAAGUGGCUGCCAGGAUGGAUGUGCUGGAUCUGGCUCUGGGCAAGUGCGAUCUCGAGCCGGAGCAGCAGGAGUUGCUGCAGACCAUGGAAACCUUGAGAAGCUCACUACCUGCGAAGCAACGUCAGAAAGGAUGGCUUCAAGAAUUGUUGACCCUGCUCUGGAACAACGACUUUGUGAUCAAGAAAUACGCUGGCAUUCACGAUGUGAAGUUGAAGCGCAAGAAGUGGCAACGGAAGGACAUCUUGAAGUUCCUCUGGUUUUUGACCAACAAAGGCUGGGGCUGGGGGCUUGGGUGCACCAUUUACCUGCUGAAUCAGACAUGA